AUGCUGAGAAAAGGAAGCAAGCAGCCAAGUGUGAGGUCUGCUCGAGAACAGUUGGAAGAGGCAAAAGAUGUGACUAGACCAGACACUUCAAAAACAUACGAGAACUUCCAGCAGAGCAAACCUGAAGAGCUUACUUCCACACCAGCAUUGCCUGUGAAAGUGGUUGCAAGGUCUAUUGAUGAAAUAAUUGCUUCCCUGCAGUCUACUUCUCCAUCUCUCUCAGAGCAGACGAUCAAAGAACUCCUGGAGAGUGUUCUUGGCCAGAACUACAACAUAAAAAUGGAGAGCAAUGCUAUUGAGGAUGUUGUAUUUGAAGACUUCUUAACUGAUCAUGAUGAAGAGUUAGCUGAACAAGAUGAUCAUGAUUUCUAUGAUUAUGGACUGGCUAUAAGCUUAGAACCACUACUGCUUGAUGCUUACUGGCAUAAACAUUUGAUUUACCUCUUUCAAGACAGAAUUUCUGCUGCUUUAGAUUUCCUGAACUUUAUAACUAAAUGGAGCAAAAAUAAAGCAGCUAUUCGAGAUUUUACAACUGUGAUCAAGGAAGACCCCAGCAAUGAUCAGACAUUUAAAGCAGCAAUUGAAGAUCUUACAAAAACUAUUGACCUCAACAAAACCUGCAUUUUGGCGUAUUAUAACAGAGCUGUCUGUUAUAAUCAAAUAAAGGGCUUCACACAGGCACAGAAAGAUUUCUUGAGAGCAAUUCACCUGAAUCCAAUGUAUAUAAAAGCCAGACUUUGCUUAGGAGACAACUUGCAGGCCCUUGGAAAGCUUCAGAGCACAUGGAGCCAAUUUACAGUUGCCAUUUGCAUUGAUCCAAAACGCCAUGCUGCAUAUGAUGGACGAGCUGUCUGCCUUCAAGUGGGUGAAACUUUUGCUGCAUUUCAAGAUACAAAUGCCACACUAAAGCUCACUGUCACCACUCCGUGGCUAACAAAUCGGGGUAUCAUCAAUCAGUUAAUGGGAUAUCUACCCUGUGCUGUGAAGGACUACCAACAAGCAAUUUCUGUUGACCCAAACUAUGCAUUAGCCUAUUUCAAUGCAGCAAAUAUCUACUUCUAUAACUGACAAUUUUCAUGGGUAAGUCGCUAUUAUUCCAAGGUAUUACAACAUGACCCAAGAAAUGAAUCUGCUGUUAUGAAUCGUGCUAUUACAAAUACAUUAGCAAACAAUUCUGAAGAAGCCAAAGCAGACUUUGAGAAGGCAAUUUGUCUCUGCCCAUUCUCUGCAGCAGUGUAUUUUAACACAGCAAAUUUCUGUAAUGGGUUGAAGCAAUAUGAACUAGCUGAGAAAGACAUUUCAACAGCAUUGUCAGUUCAGCCUAAUGAUGCUUUGAUGUAUAAAUUUAGAGCUGAUAUUCAUGGUAAAUUUGGUUUCAAUAAAGAGGCUGUAGAAGAUUACAAACAGGCAAUCAGCAUUCAAGAACAGAUUGAUUCCAUGAAGCUAGACUUGGGAGGAGGAGGAGGAGAAAGCACUGCAACAAACAUACAUCUGAGCUGCGAUGCCAGACAGUCCUUGUACUGGGGAGGCAGGGAGCAGCAGGAAGAGGAAGGGUAUGCCUCCAAAGGAGCAAUUCCUCACAUCCUUGAUGCAG